AUGUCUAUUAUCUCACAAGAAUCCUGUAAAUUGUCUUCUUAUACACAUCUAGAGGGCUUAAGCAAGAAGAAAUGCAGUAAAUGUGGGAAGAAUCGAAUGUAUUUUUGCUAUGAUUGCAGAGUGACCUUACCGGGAGUGUUUUCUCCUCAAGUGAAGAACAGUAAAAGUAGCGCCAUUCAUUGCAAAAUUGUCGCUCCAGAGCAAACAAGGGUUUUCGAUGUGCCAGAUGUGUUCGAUUACGGUAAUGAAGAGGUAACCAAUGGAGAAGGUAGUAGUGUAAGAUUUACCUAUAACCUUUGCUUUGAGUUUCCAUGUGGAAUGGAGUUCAGUGAUAAAGUACUUGUCUUCCCAUCGCCCUCAGCCGUGUCUAUCGAGGAAUUUGUCCGCAAGAAAGGGCCAAUUAAACGAUUAGUUGUUUUGGACUGUACCUGGUUUCAAGUAAAUAUGAUGCAGAAGAUACCACAGAUUCAAGGGCUCCCCUGCGUCUCGCUUACAAAGUAUAGGACCGCUUUCUGGCGACCUCAGCAUAAUGUCGACGAAAGCGGCCUGGCAACCAUUGAAGCUAUCUACUAUGCACUGAAGGAAUAUCAGGAGUACGGUUUAAAGAGGCCAUAUCAAGUAGAGCUUUUUUGGGUGAAUUUGACGAUCUGCUCUACUGGUUUUUCCUUUCGAGACAAUUUGUGGACAAGAAGCAAGAAGAAUAUCGCAAAAGGAAACGAGCUCAUGAAGAGGAAGAAACUAAAGGGAGCUAGCUACGCAGUUGCACAGGAACUUAGGUAAAA